AUUUGAUAAGCACUGAAAUCUAAAACCUUAUAACUGCAUACAUGGCUAGUUUCUGAAGUAAUCACCCCGCGUUGAAGCCAAGAAUCAAGCCAUGGCACAAACACAAACUCUACGAGAAGUCAGCAGUGUUAACCAGCGAACACGAAACAAAAACCAAAUUGGACAGACUUUUGGUGCAACUUUAAAAGAUGAAUCUGCACUGCAGCCAAAAGAUGAUAAUAACAAAGUAACAGCACAGAGUGAUAUAUGGAGGAAAUGCGAUGUGUUUCGCAGGUUUUGUCGUCUGCAUAGUGUUACUGGCACGGUUACUGGCGUAGUUUCGGUAUCACUACUGCCUUUGACUUCAUUCGGAGAUCUGUCACCUGAAUUUUUCGUAGGAAUGCUCAAGGCAGUGCUCCCAUUCGUUUUCUUAAACAUCUAUGUGGGUACACUAAAUCAGUUAACUGAUCUGGACAUAGACAAGAAAAACAAGCCCCAUUAUGUGCUGGCUUCCGGAGAAUAUAGCAUGGGACAAGGAAAGGCUAUUACUGCUGCAAUUGGAAUCAUGGGCCUUGGUACGGGAAUUAUAUUCGGGUCCCCUCCACUACUUUACGGAACUAUUAUACAUUUUUUAGUUGGAACAGCAUACUCUGUCAAGCUACCAUAUCUGAGAUGGAAAACAAAGCCAUUCCUUGCCGCAUUAGGUAUCGGUCUACAUGCAUUCAAUUUCCAGCUUGCUGUCUUCUGUCAUAUCCAGAAAUAUGUGCUCGGUAGACCAUUAGUUCACCCCAAGUCCUUCUACUUUGUUCUCAUUUUCUUCAUGCUGUUUGCUACCGUUCUUGGAGUGUUCAAGGACAUACCAGAUGUAGCAGGUGAUCAAGCAUUUGGCAUCCAAACAUACAGUGUCAGGCAUGGGAAAAAGAAGGUCUUCUUCAUUUGUAUUUUGGUUCUGCUAAUUAACUAUGGGUUUGCUGUGGUGACCGGAGCCGUGCUAUCUUCACUUCUACUAAGCAAACUUGUGACAGUAGUAGGUCACUGUUCACUUGCUUCCUUACUCUGGCGUCGAGCUAAAUCUGUUAAUCUUGAUGAUGAUUCUGCAGUGGAGUCACUUUACAUGUUUUUGUGGAAGCUGUUUACCGCAGAGUAUGUAUUAAUUCAGUUUAUACGCUGACAAGAAAUGUAAGUAUAUACUACUUCAAUCCAAAAAUGUAACUUCUUAUUUUCACUCCUCUCUGGGUAGUGAGCACUUGCUGCCUACAUUCAGAAAGAUGAGUUUGAAUUUCUUUAAGUAUUUGUAUGAAAUAUUUUCAGUUCUGUAGUUGUUGUAAUCAUACUGCAAUGUACAUUUACACAA